UAUUGACAGUGACAUUAAUGAGUUAGGUUUUGGUAACUACUAACUAGUUCUUAAUCUGUGGUUAAAUUCACUAAAUGAUGUUGUUUACUAUCAUGGACCUAAAAUUGCUAAUACUACGAUAAUUACUAAUGAUUGCAAGUUAGUGCAUGUGAUGUUUAAAAAAUUAUUAUCCCACUUUAGUAGAUUAUUAGGAUCGCAGAGUAGAACUCUCGUAUCACAGGAAAGGACGAUGGGUCGAAUAAAAACUAUGAAAGAGCUCGGCUACGGUUUCAACGCCGGUGGGCAAUUGAGAAAAAUCGGACCGGAUGGUGAUUUAGGCGAUGAACCGUUUCAAUUUAAUAUUAGUAACGAUCAUCAAGAAUGUCAAGCUCAUUAUGAAGUGCUUGGUGCUGCGGUGACGGAACACAUCUACCAGCUGUUGGAGAGUAAGGAGAAUCUAUCAAGGUUACCGGUACCUAAAGGUACAACUGCAGAGAAUGGUACAUUUGUUUUUGUAUCAAAAGACUAUGAUCAAAAGGGCACUCUUUUAGUAUUGAUACAAGGCACAGGAGCAGUUCGCGCUGGUCAAUGGGCAAGAUCACUUAUAAUAAACGAAAAUUUAGAAAAAGGUACUCAGAUUCCUUACAUCCAUGAAGCCAUCAAUAGAGAUUUUGGUAUAUUGGUUAUGAAUCCUAAUGAUACACACAGGAGUGGCAAGAAAAUUCCCAAUAGCAGCACAAGUGAAGAACAUGCCCAGUAUGUUUGGAAAACGUACAUAUCAAAUUCAAAAGCUAAAAACAUUGUGGUUGUAGCCCAUAGUUAUGGAGGCUUAUUAACAGUUAUGCUGUCCCAAAAGUUCAAAAGUGAAUUUGAGAGCAGGGUGAAAGCUGUGGCCUUUACUGAUUCCGUACAUUCCUUUUCUGGUGUUAAAAUACCGGAUGCAUUGAAAAAGGUUGCAAUUAAUUGGAUAGCAACAUCAUCACCAUUAGACACACCAAUGAAAACUCCAGAGUUUGAUAUUACAAGGUUAUCAGCAGGGCACCCACAACAUGAAAUGACUUCAUAUGCAUGUAUGAAUUCUGUAUUUAAAUUUAUUGAUAAUAAGCUGAAGGGUUAGAAAAGAAGUUAUGUAAUACAUAAAAUGCACAUAUUUCAAGACAAUAAUAAAUAAAUUAUCAUAAGAUUUAAAUUUUUUAU